GCAGCCACCGCCGCCGGGUCGCCGGGUCGCGGGGGCCGCGGCGCUCGGGCCGCGUCGGUGCCUCCCGGGCGCGCUGCGCGGCCGUCGCUGCUGCCCGCGCUCGUGCCGCCGCCGCCGCCGCCGCCGCCGCCGCUGCCGGUUACGCCAGCCCCGCCGCCGCCCGCUCUGAUUCUGCGCAUAGGCAGCCCCCAAGCCUGUCAUUCUGCAAAAACACAGUUUACUCAACACACCACACACACACUCACACACACACACGCGCGCACACACACGCGCACACUGGCCCCCUCGCGCACACGCACGGAGGGCGCGAGCGAGCAGACGCGCACACCCGGCGAGCCAAGUUCCGCAGCCUGGCAUGGCUUCUGGGGACCUUUACGAGGUCGAAAGGAUUGUAGACAAGAGGAAGAACAAGAAAGGAAAAUGGGAGUAUCUCAUCCGGUGGAAAGGCUACGGCAGCACGGAGGACACGUGGGAGCCAGAGCACCAUCUGUUGCACUGUGAGGAGUUUAUCGACGAAUUCAACGGGCUGCACGUGUCUAAGGACAAAAGGAUCAAGUCAGGGAAGCAGGCCAGCACCUCCAAGCUCCUGCGUGACGGCCGAGGCCCGUCGGUUGAGAAACUCUCCCACAGACCUUCAGAGUCCGGGAAGAGCAAAGGGACUUCCCAUAAACGGAAGCGGAUCAACCCCGCCCUGUCCAAGCCGAAGAAAGGGUAUUCGGCCAAGCCCCCCGCAGGAGGUGACAGGGCCGCCAAGACGGUGUCUUACAGGACUACCCCCAGUGGUUUGCAAAUAAUGCCGCUGAAAAAGGCUCAGAAUGGGAUGGAGAAUGGGGACGCCGGUUCCGAGAAGGACGAGAGGCACUUUGGAAACGGCUCCCAUCAGCCUGGCUUGGAUUUGAACGACGUCGGAGAGCAAGACCUGGCGGAGUGUGAUGUGAACCACGCGGCACCGGCAGAGAACGGGCUUGGCUCUGCUCUGACCAACGGGGGAUUAAACUUGCACAGCCCCGUGAAGAGGAAGCUGGAAGCAGAGAAGGACUAUGUCUUUGACAAGAGGCUCAGGUACAGCGUCCGCCAGAACGAAAGCAACUGUAGGUUUCGGGACAUUGUCGUGCGGAAGGAAGAGGGGUUCACACACAUCCUGCUGUCCAGCCAGACCUCGGACAACAACGCGCUGACCCCUGAGAUUAUGAAGGAGGUCCGGCGAGCGCUGUGCAACGCGGCCACGGACGACAGCAAACUGCUGCUUCUCAGUGCAGUGGGCAGCGUAUUCUGCAGCGGCCUAGAUUACUCCUACCUAAUUGGCCGGUUGUCCAGUGACAGGAGAAAGGAGAGUACCCGGAUUGCAGAAGCCAUCAGGGACUUUGUGAAGGCCUUUAUCCAGUUUAAGAAGCCUAUCGUGGUCGCCAUCAACGGGCCUGCCCUGGGCCUCGGUGCCUCCAUCCUGCCCCUCUGCGACAUCGUGUGGGCCAGCGAGAAGGCCUGGUUUCAGACCCCGUAUGCCACCAUCCGCCUCACGCCCGCUGGCUGCUCCUCAUACACCUUCCCUCAGAUCCUGGGCGUCGCACUGGCCAAUGAGAUGCUCUUCUGUGGACGGAAGCUCACUGCCCAGGAGGCGUGCAGCAGGGGACUCGUGUCCCAGGUCUUCUGGCCAACCACGUUCAGCCAGGAGGUCAUGUUGCGGGUCAAGGAGAUGGCAUCCUGCAGCGCAGUGGUGUUGGAGGAGUCGAAAUGCCUCGUUCGGAGCUUCCUGAAAUCUGUGCUCGAAGACGUGAACGAGAAAGAAUGCCUCAUGCUCAAGCAGCUCUGGAGUUCUUCCAAGGGCCUGGAUUCCCUGUUCAGCUACCUGCAGGACAAAAUUUACGAAGUCUGAGGAGCCCCCGGCCACUCGCCCCCACGCUCGAGGGCACCUGACUUCCAGCUUUGCGCCGUGCCUCGGAGAUCGGAGCACAGAGUGUGCUGGCUGAGGGGUCCGUCCAGGUGUCUCUCUCGUGUCCAUUUCCUCCUGUCCUUUGGUUGUUCUGCAUUGGUUUGAUUUUGUAUAACAGAUGGGAAACUCAGCAUACUUGGCCUCCCCCGGGCCCUCCCCCCACCCGCCCUUCCGCUGGCUAGAGAGCUAUUGAGGGCUAUAUCUUCCCAGGCCUCUGCCAGUCGGUCCCCACUCGCCGAAAUGCACCACCCUGGUCCAGGAAGGGGAAGACCGGUCUCCCCCUUCCUUCUGACUCAGGCUGCGUCUACACAGUGCCUCUGCUUUGGAGACUUGGCUGUAAGGCUCUCUCCGGUUAAGUGCAGAUCCGGUGACAGGGGACGGUCCAUCUUAGGGAAUUUCCAGACCGAUGAGCGAAAACGGUUGUGUAGAGCCAGCCUCACUGUUCUCUCUGAUGCAAAUCUGUGUGACUUUUAGGGCUUGGUCUUAAAACCCAGUUGAGCGAUUUGCAAACCCAGAUGUUGUACGUUUAGGAAUGUUUUGUUAAAUAUAUAUUUUUAAAACAAUGUAAGUGGAAAUUCUGAUAAUUUAUGUGUAUUAUAUGUAAAGCUAGUUUUACAAAAACAUGAACUACUAGGAAAAAUUGUUUUUCUUUAAUCAACCUUAUUUAAUUUAUUUAUUUUUGUUUAUGUAUUAUGAUAUCUGUUGUCGACACAGAUAUUAUUUUCAUACUGCCCUGGACCAAAUCCCACACGAGGUUCAUGCCGUUUGGUGCAUUCUAGCAAUGAACCACGCAGAAUUAAAAUUCAGAGAGAUGUAAGUGAAAGGAUCCCUGUGGGUAGAAGGAAUAGCUUUGCAGAUCCUUGUCAUGUAAAAUGGUUCUCAGCUGUAAUAAUUGCAUACUUGUUGUUGGGAGAAAUUAUGGGAGAGUUUUUUUCUUCACUCUGCUGCCUUGAAGGAGAUAAAGGGGCCUCUGGCCUGAAUGGUACUGAGACAGACCCAGUCCCUAAUUUGUGACGUCAGGAAGAGCUGAUCGGCUCUGAUCAGCUGAUCGGGGGGCGAAACAGAUGGUUUCCUGUCUCCUUCUGGCCCUUUCUCUUUUAAAGGUGAGCAGAUACAAUGGGAGGGGAUUCACGGCCCCGAGCUUUGUGUUUUAAGAACAGGUUGAGCUUCUACACUAUGGCUAGAGACGUGGUCUUGUAGGCGGUGCGUGUGGAGUUCAUCUGGACGCGAUCCUUACAAUGGCCGUGGUUCCCUCUAUAGACAGCCUCUCUCCUUUUGAGUUGCCCAUGACCUCAGGAGGGUCAGGGAAGAGGAAGCUUCUUGCCUUCCCCUCCCUUCUUCUCCUGUCUCUGCUUGGUCCCCGUGGGAUCCUGCAGGAACCACAGACCUAGGCCGUAAGGGAUUACUCUAGGGAAACAGCCGCUUUUGCCCAGAUGCCUGCUGUCCCAUCUCCACUUGGGUCUGUCUCUUCCUCUGGGAAACCAAAUGUAUGCUUUCCCCAAGCCCCUGGACAGACAUCGUUCCCUUGUGUUGUGCGGAUAAUCUCUUCACCACUGCUAAAUCCUCUGAAGAAAGAGCCCCGUGCUUUCUGUGUACUUUCUGGGGGCAGAUGGGUUUCUGUCUAUAGAGCAGUGUCUGGAUUCUUGUUAGGGUUGGCAGAGGAUGUUUGGAGGUUCCCUUGGAUCAAUGUCCACCUCUCUUCUCUGCUGAAAGAACCUGAAAUCCUGUAGCUUUGGACAUAUCACAGAUCCAAACUUCUGAACAUUUGAAGGAUCUCUGAUGAUAAGGUAAGAAUAUGAAACCGUUCCUCAGGUAGAGUUCCUGGCCGUCAGUUUGUCGGUUCUGGGUACCACAGGAGGUGUCUUAAAAGACGGUCUGUGUUUUGGUUGUUUCUAUACAGUGUAUUCGAGGAGGAUGUUCCACCAAUUGGGCAGAAGUAGGUUAAAUCUGUUUGCUGUGGGGUAGACCGCAUGGCUGAAUUCUCCACUUUCUGGAUGGUUGUUUUGAUACUGUGAAGAUGAAAUCGAGGUAACUUUUAGCAAUUUGACCUGGGAUGGAAAAUGCCAGAGCUGUGGAUGUGUCAGGGUUUAUUCCUAACAGCUUUCUCGAGAUGGAGCGGGG